AUCGUCAACAUCCGGCGACACGUCUCCGUAACAACAAACACACCGCUGAUCGGUCUGAUGCAUCUUAUGUCAUUUUAUGUAUUUAAACAUGAAAUAAUUCCCAUCAAAAACAAUGCUGGGUCUUUAACACUUUCUGAAAAACAGUUUAAAGUGUAGUUAACCUCGCGGCGCUUUGAGAGCUUCAGAUGGGGGAGGUGAGAAAGCUGCAGAAGAAGUUGAGGCAGAUUGGAAAUCUGGAAAUAAAAAUCAAUCUUACCCCAGAGGAGAGAUUCAAGAUCUCCAGGAAGGCGGAGCUGCGUUCCAGAUUGGCUGAGCUUCAGCUGCAGCUUUCUGGCCCGCAGCAAACUCUGGGGAUUGUGGGAGACGGAAAAAAGGAGAAGAUGAAAAGACAAGUGGACGAUGCCCCUGAGGCCCUUCCAUCACAAACGCCUCCAGCCUCCAAGAUCCUUAAGGGAAACGAGGAGUCCAGAGCUCAAGCAACGCCAGCGCCGGCUGCCAGGCAGAGGGAAACAGGAGGGGAAGCAGAGAUAGGCAGACAGCAGGAAGGGACAGAGCCGGCCAAAGUGUCAACUCGCUGCCGAGACGUGCCAGGAGGCGGCUCUGACUUUGACACGGAGCAGCAACUGCGGCAAGAAGAGGCUGAAUUUGCAUCCCUGAAAUCGUCCUGGGAGACGGCAAAGUUCCGCCUGAGGCUGCUGGAGGGUCACAAUGACAUCGUCACCUGUGUGGUUGCUGUUGACAACCUGGUGGUUUCUGGAAGCCGAGAUACGACGGUGAAGGUGUGGCACGUUCCCACAGCAACGGAGCACAAGAACCUCGGCGGUCACACCGGUGGGGUCACCUGUCUGUCUGCGCCUCCCCCUGAGUUCUGCAAGAGGCUGGCCUGGUCCCUGUCUUUGUCCGACAAGGAGAGGUUUAUUUUGAGUGGCUCUGCAGACUGCUAUGUGAAGAUCUGGGCCCUGAGCAUUGGGCAGUGUGUUAAAUCUGUCUACACAUUCAACGCUGUGACGGCGCUCUGCUUUGUGCCAGAGGAGGACGGCUACAUCAUCACCGGAUCAGACGGGGGGAAAGUUCAAGCCUGGAGCUGGCACACUUUCGAAAACUGCCAGUCAAUCAACGCUCACCAGGAAGCAGUCACCUCCAUCCAGUCUCAGGGUCCGCUGGUGUUCAGCGGCUCGGCUGAGGGAGGGGUGUGUGUGUGGGAGAACCGGUGUUCAAAUCGAGACCCCCUGAGGCUACUGAACCACUGGAGCAACCAGGUGACGGGCUGUGGAGGGGGGCCUGGCGGGCGUCUGAACCUCAGCCCGCGGGGAGACAGAGUGUUCCUGGCUUACGGGCGAGCCUGGCUCAAGAUCCUGCACUGGAGGACCGGAACCAUGUCCAGACUGACCAAUCACAACAGCAUCACCGGGGUAACAGAUUGUGUUCACCAGACAGGAGGCCUCCUAAUUGGCUCCUGCUAUGAUCUGGCAAAUGGAGAGAGCUCGCUAAAUUUAUUCUCUCUGCCUCAGUGUCGGUACCUGGCCUCUCUGACCUGGCCUGACGCUCCCAGAAUCCUCUGCUUUGCGGCGUGGACAACGGGGAGUGGAGACCACAGAUGGGUCACUGGAGGUCAGGACCUCAUCGUAUGGGAGCAGCUCCCCAGUUCUGGAAAGCAGAGGGGUGAUGUCAUCGUGAAGAGAGACAGUCGGUUGGAGUCGUGUUUGCUGGAGUCGGAGGGGGACACAGAUGACGAUGACGAGACUGAUGAUUACGAGGAUGAUGGUGACAGCGAUGGGGGAGGAGACAGCCGGUCUGACGGUGCGGAGAACGCAGGGUCCGGCUCGUGGUUGCGCUGCGUCCUCCAGUGAGUGCCGGUUUCUCAUGCUGAGGACACCACGGCCUGAAGCCAUGAAGAGGAAAUGAGAGGGAGGGAGCGUAGUGACAGCGAAGGAGGGAGCAGGGGAGCGAAAUGUGACGGUGUUGGAGGGGGAGAGCGUAUGGCUGGAGACAGUGAGCGUGUGAGUGAUAGGCAGAUUGUUUUCUAUGUAAUUAUUAUCUCCACCUACAAUAAAGCUGUCACCCUGUGACUCUCACCUCCAGAA